AUGGAUUACGUGCAGCCGAGUCACCUCUAUACUCGGAUUCUGGAGAACCUCCCGUGGAAGUCUGGUGAUCCAAACUCAAAGGGUGAUCCCAAAAAGAGUGUGAAAUGGAUUGAUGGUUUGAGGGGUAUUGCUUCGUUCUUAGUGGUGAUGACCCAUCUUGCUCGAGCAUGGGAUUAUGAUCUAUUCUCGCCUCGGGAUGAUGUGGAUCUCCCACCACGCAUCCUACAGUGGCCCAUUCUGCGAAUUCCCUGGCAGGGACGGUUGGGUGUCACCAUCUUCGCCUUUCUCACAGGUUACGUCUGCGCCUUGAAGCCCAUGAAGCAAGCCCGAAAUGGCGACCAUCUGGGCUCAUUUACGUCUGUUGCCAAGAGUGCCUGGCGUCGUCCUCCCCGUCUUAUUUUCCCCGCCACAAUUGCCUUGAUCAUCUCAUGGGUCAUGGCACAAUGUGGUGCUUUUAUUGCUGCGAACCGCUCAGAUUGCUGGUGGUGUCGUUAUGCUGCUCCUGAUCUGGAGGAUUCGCUGUGGAAAGAGUUCAAGCGACUGUUUGAGAACUUCUUGGGUGUGUGGACAACGGGAUACAUGGCAUAUGACGAUCACCAGUGGGCCCUCCUACCAUUGCUCCAGGCUUCAAUGCUUGUCUAUGUUAUGAUUUGCGCUGUUCAGUUUGUUAAAUUCCGGUGGCGUAUGGGUAUUUACCUCGGAAUGCUGCUAUACUUCCACCAGGAUGCGGCUAAGAACACCGAAACAUUCCAAAUGCAAGCUAUCUACGGCAUGGCCCUUGCCGACCUUUCCUAUCAGAUGACAUUCAGAGAAUUUAUCGAAAAAUACAAAUGGUUCCGCCGAAUCCUAUGCACCCUUCUCGCUAUCUCCGGUCUCCUUAUCUGCUCCUACCCCGGCGAGCACCCCGAAUGGGCCACAUGGUCCAACUACAUGUUCGAGGCAGCCCACUACAUCUUCCCCCCGGACGUCAACAUCGGAAAGCGCUACUCGGCCAUCGGUGUUGACCUCAUAAUCUUCGCAAUCUAUAUAUCCCCCUCCACAAAGGACUUCCUCUCCAACCGUCUCCUUCUCUGGCUCGGCAAACAAAGUUUCGCGGUCUAUCUCGUCCACGGCACACUCCUCCGCACAGUGCUAUGCUGGAUGCUCUACGGUAUCACCGGCCAGCCCUGGGAUGGUGAACCAGUCGAUGGAAAUGGCCAGCCUAUUCUCGACGAGAACGGUGAACCACUCAACCCACACUGGAUUCCCAUUCGCGCACCUUGGGUCGUGGCCAUCUCGAUUCCAGCGUGGAUCGCAUUGGUCUACUUCUGCGCGUCAAUGUGGACAUCUUAUGUGGACCCGUUCUGUGCUAAGAUGACACAGAAGCUUGAAAAGAUCAUGUUUGAGCAGGAUGAAAAGUCUGUGGAGGCCUUGCCUCUCAAUACCAUGCCAAUGAGUACUGUAUAA